AUGACAGCUGCGUUAUGGGUCGCGCUUAUCUUGGGGCUAUCAUCAGUUCACCAUGGUGCCUUCGCUUACGAGUUUCAAACUAAAACAAUCGACGUGCCCAUCGAUCAUUUCACAUUUACGAACGAGGGAACGUUCAAGCUGAGAUACCUGAUCAACGACACGUACGCGAAGAGCAAUGAUCCAAGUAGCCCGAUCUUCUUCUACGCCGGUAACGAGGGUGACAUUGAAUUGUUCGCCCAAAACACCGGCCUCAUGUGGGAGCUGGCACCAAAGUUCCAGGCCACGCUGCUGUUCGCCGAGCACCGAUUUUACGGGCAUUCCCUGCCGUUUGGUAACGCGUCGUAUGACUCCCCGAAGAACCUCGGAUACCUAACGUCGGAACAGGCGCUGGCUGAUUUUGCGUUGCUAUUGCGUACUUUAAACCCUGUUAAUGGCACGACCAAAUCGCGGCCGGUCGUCGCGUUUGGUGGCUCAUACGGUGGUAUGUUGGCCGCUUGGUUCCGCAUCAAGUACCCGCAUUUGGUUGUGGGUGCAAUCGCUGCCUCGGCCCCGAUCCGGCAGUUUCAGGGCGUGACACCGUGUGGCAUUUUUAACCAGAUCCUUUCGUCCGUGUUCAACCUUGCGUACAAGCCGGAAUGCGUGGCGAACAUUCGGCGAUCCUGGGUGACGCUGCAAAACUACUCGACCACCGCCGACGGGCUGCGCAUGCUGAAUGAAAAGUUCAAAUUCUGCACCAACGUCACGAAGGCAAGCGAUGUAACAGAGACGUUCUUCGAGUACUUGACGGAUGUGUAUGGUAAUCUAGCGAUGAUUAACUACCCGUACGAGUCGAACUUUCUCGCACCGGUUCCAGCAUAUCCGGUGCGGGAGUUUUGCGGCCGGCUGGACCAGAACUACACCGGUACGGAGCUGCUCGAUCGGUUGCAUUCCGCACUUAGCAUCUAUUACAAUUACGACGGCAAGGCAACCUGUUUGAAUAUUAAUUCGUCGUACGACGGCAGCGGCAUUGGCGAUCGGGGCUGGGAUUUUCAGGCUUGUACCGAGAUGGUGAUGCCGAUGUGCGCGGAUGGUGUCAGCGAUAUGUUCCCACCACAACCCUGGAAUAUGGAGGAAUACUCGGAAAAAUGCUUCAAGAAAUACGGCGUCCAUCCACGUCCUCAAAAUGCACUUCUCCACUAUGGCGGCGAGUUUCUCGAUCGCAGCAUUACCAACAUCGUAUUCAGCAAUGGGUUGCUUGAUCCGUGGUCUGGCGGUGGUGUGUUGCGCUCAAAUAACGAUAACAUCAAGAUCGUCCUAAUCCCAGAGGGUGCCCACCAUAUUGAUCUGCGUGCGUCAAACCCUCAGGAUCCGGCUUCAGUAAAGCGUGCGCGGGCAGAGCACGCAACCAACAUCCGUAAGUGGCUCGAUGGAUACCGGAUGCUGAAGAAGGCAUACUAA